AAGUUCCUUGGACUUAACCUGUGUGGUUUGCGCAUGUGAUUCUGCCUGAGUGAACAGGUCAGCCUCUCAUCGACAUUACGCGUGCAUAAACCAGAUUCAAGGAUCGUUAGAAGUCAUGUCUUGCGAAGACAAGAGCGCUCUUCCAUCUUUUUACGUUUGUGAAACAUUUUAAAUGAUCAUAAAGUAUAGUGUGGUGGUUUCUCCGUCGCUGAAGGCAAACCAGCGGCAAGUAACAACAACCAUGCCGGAGUCAACAAAAAUGAAGAAACCCGACGUAAAGAUUGUUAUACUGGGUGACAUGAACGUCGGCAAAACGUCUCUGCUUCAUAGAUAUACUGAGAGGAAAUUUAAGGACACGAUAAGUACAGUCGGAGGGGCGUUUUUCCUGAAACAGUGGGGGCCCUAUAACAUUUCCAUAUGGGACACCGCUGGUCGAGAGCAGUUCCAUGGUCUGGGUUCUAUGUACUGCCGUGGUGCUGCAGCAGUGAUCCUCACCUACGACGUUACCAACUGGCAGAGCCUGGCAGAGCUGGAGGACCGUUUCCUAUCCCUGACCGACACCGCCAGCACAGAUUGUAUCUUCGCCAUCGUUGGCAACAAGGCUGACCUCACCGACCCCCACGCCCAGGCCGCGACGUCGGGCGGUGGGCAAGCGGACGCGGAGCUGGGCGGAGUUCAAACUCAGCCAUUACCUGCAUGUCCUACGCCACCUGCGUCACCUCUCCUGAACAAACAGGUGAGCAAAGAGGAUGCCAUGGCACUUUAUGGGCGUGUGCUUCGCUACAAAGGCCUGGAAGAAAAGACCAGCCCACCUGCUGAGAAGAUGUGCUUCGAAACCAGCGCCAAGACUGGCUACAAUGUGGACAUGCUGUUCGAGACUCUUUUUGACAUGGUGCUGCCCUCUAUCCUGAAAAAGAGGAGAGAGGGAGAGAACUCCACUGUUGACCUAGAAGAGUCCAGGGGGUCUAAGAGGACUAAAGCAGGCUGCUGUGCGUAGGACAGCAGAGGGACAAAGAAGGGGAAGAAACGCUUGUUGCUGUAUUUAUGAGGGUUAUAUUCCACAAACAGUAUUUUGUUUUUUCUUCCUAAGAAAGUGCUGCAAGUUUAAGAGAGGCCCCUUUGAGGGAGGAAGAACAAACACUGAAUUCAUUAACUAUGACUGAGUAAUUUCUUAGAUUUUAAAAUACUGUUAUUUGCACUUUUGUGUAUGACCAAAAAGAGAUAAACAUUCCUGAAAUGUCUUUUUUUUAAAACAUGAAAGGACUGAAAUGGCACUUAAAUCAUUGUAGUUAGUCAACUGAAAUAUAUUUUUACUGAUCACACUGAAUUGUGAAAUUGUUUGGAUGUGUUAUUUUUUAUGAAAUGAAAAUGCAAAAACUUGUGUCUAAUAAAGAGGUUGAAUUU